AAAUAUUUCAGUUUUCAAUGAGCAUUCGGGCGGUAUUAAACGAAAUAACGGAAACUUUGUAAAACGUUACUUUUUCGCUUUGCAAUUUUAAACGGGAGUAUACGUUGAUUUCUAAAAUAUACUACAUUUUGUAUAUUUUUUGUGAAUUGUUGUUUUUUUUUUACAUAAUAAAUCUAACUUAAACGUCAACAACGACGAGUAUUAUUAUCUGUAUACUAUAUAGACGAUUUUUUUGAUUACAACAAUUUAAAAGUAUUGUUGUUGUUGCUAGCGUAAUAGUAAAAACGAAGUAUAUACGACGUUUAAGUUGCCUGUGGUGACAUUCAACAAAUAUACAACAAAAACAACAAGAAAAAAAAAUAAAUAAAAACCACAGCAACAAUUACCGGGAAAUGUAGACAACAACAAAAAUUGAGAAAAUAUAUGGAAACAAAAUUAAACUAAAUAAAUCUGAAAACAUUUCUUAAAGUUUUUGUUUAAUAACUGGGAAAUAUUUUGCCAAACCCGAAUAAUUUUCAAAAGAAUUUAAGAAUUUCAUACAAAAAAAAGUGAGAAUAAAAAGAAAUUUCCUUCAAAAUCUUGUGCUAGUGUGUGAAAAUACUAAAGAAACAACAACAACAACAAAGAAGAAAAAAACAAAAACAAGUUAAGCUGUGCUGUGUGUCUGUCGGUCUGCUAUUUUUUUUUAGAGAAGUGCGAGUGCGCAAAUGUCAUAUUUGAUCUUUUAACAUAAAUUGCAAAAGAGAGAAAGAGAUAGAAUGUGAGUGCCAAAGUAAAAAAAGAAACACAAUACAAGUGUACAACAACAUAAUACAGAGAAAAACAGCAGCAGCAGUAAAAGAAGCAAAAAACAAAUAAAAACAAAACGAAAAUACUAAAAAUAAAGUGAAGUGAAGUAAAUAAAUAAAACAAAAACUUUAAAAUAGAAGAAGAGAAAACAAAAAGGUGCACCUAUUAGAAAAAAAAACAGCAACAACUAACCAUAACAGUAAUAAAGGGAAACCACAAUAAAAAACAACAACAACUAAAACACCAAAAACACAAAUUAACCAGAAAAAGAAAAGAAGUUUAAAAUAAAAUUUAUUUUAGAUUUCGAGGUGCAAUGGAAUUUCAAAUCCCAGCCAGCAACAAUAAUAAUCACUACGACAACAACAACAAUAAUAAAACAAAAGCAAAAGACUAAUCCAAAAUAGAAAAAGAAAAAACCAUACAAUACUAAACAAAACAAUUAAUAUUAAUAAGAAAUAUUACUGAAGAAAUCCUCAAAAACCAAUAAGAAUUUUGUUAAAAUAAUUUCCAGCAACAAAAUGAGUUAAAUUUUGUAAUGCUUUAGAAAAAACUAUAUUUAAAAAAAAAUUUCUUAAUUUUUUCUUUUAAUUUAUUAUUUCUUUAAUUUGUUUUGCUUUACGUUCAAACACAAAUAUUGUUUAUUUCAAUUAAACACUGCAACAGAAAAUUUAUAAAAAAAAAACACCAACCACUUGCCAAAUUUUAUAACAUUUCCUUUCUUUUUCUCUUAUUAUCUCUUACUCUCUGAUCCUUCUUCUUACUCUCUCACACCACGAAAUUCUUCAUUCAUCCAAUUUCAACCCAAAAAAUUAUGAAGAAUAAUCAAAAGUCUACGAAUACCAAUAAUAAUAACAACAUCAAUAACAACAAUUUAAAUUAUCUUAAUAAUAAAAAUAGCAACAACAACAACAAUUUAACUGCAACGGACGGCCAUAAACUCUCCAAAUCGGCUUCUUCACCCAAUAACAAUAUCAACAACAAUAAUAACGCCAAAAAAGGUCUUAAAAGUAAAUCAAAAUCCCAUCGUUUGGUUGGCCGCUCGAGUAGCAACAACAAUAGUAGCGGAGGAGGCGGGGGUUUUGGUAAAAAAAUGGGCGGCGGCGUCAAAGAUGCCCGUCGCGGUUUGGAGCCGCUCGAAUUUGAGGAGUGUAUCGUUGAUAGUCCAGAGUUUCGGGAUAAUUUAAAUCGUCAUGAAAAGGAAUUGGAUCAUACUAGUCAUCAGAUUAAGAGAAUUAUUAAGGAGGUUAAGGAUCUAAUGAGUGCUGCAAAAGGUAUGUUAUGUUUGAAACUAAUAAAACUUCUUAAAAGGUAUUUUACUAAAAUUAUGAAUAUUAUGUUUUUAAAUAUAACUGACAGCGGCGCUUAAAAAUCGUUAAAAUUUGAAAAAAAACUGAAGACAACUAAAUAAUCAUUAAAAACCUAAGUACAACUUUGACGCCAGUCUCUGGCUGACCCAAAUUUGGUAAAAAAAAUUUAACGCGCACUCGAUGAUCGUCAAACAGACAGACACUUUUCUAUUUUAUACAUAUUUUUUAAAAUUUAUUAUGAUUUAUUUUUACGUGUGUUAUUGAUAUUGACGUUAUGAAGCUUUUGUUAAAAAAAUUUUUUAAAUUUUUUUUUAAAGUUCAAAAUUGUCUAUAAAAGGGUGUCAUAUGAAUGAUUUUCAAUUAAUUCAAUUCCCCAGCAAUUGUGAAUUAUUGAUGUGAAUGAAUAAAGAGAGAGAGAGGGAGAAGAUAACUCACCAUACAAAAAUGAGUGAAUGACUGUCAAUAUGGCAAAAUGACGGACGUUUAACAGACAAAUAUGAAUAUAAAGAAAUAAAUAUUAAAAAUAAUAAUUGAAAGUCAUUUAAAAAAAUAUAUAUAUGGACACAAUUACAACAUCGCAACAGACAGACUGACACUCAGACAUGCGAUCAUUUAAAAUAAAGUAAAAGUUUGCUAAUAAUUAUUGACAGUUUUUGUAAACCUGAUUAAAAUUUUAAUUUUUAAAGUUUUAUUCAAAUUAUGUAUUUGAAAAUAAAAAUUGAAAACAUUUGUCUAAUGUCUUCAAUUUAUUAAUGUCAAAUGGCAAAAAUCGGACAUGAUUUCCCUAUAAAGUUUUAAAUGUCGUUUUUUUUUUGUCAUUUAUCUGCAGGGAACAUGUUUGUUUUUUUCUAAAUUGAGGAAAUUAAGAAAAAAUUAUCAUUUUAAGAAAAAAUGACAUCUAAUAUAGACUCUCUCACGCCCAUACACACACGCACAUUUUCCUGGUAACCCAGUGAACAUAAGGAGUUGAAGUUGAGUAGAAAUGAAAGGAAUUCUUGAACUUGAUUUCGAACGAUUUUUCAAUAUUAACCCAUUAGAGAAAUAUUUUCACACUCAACUUUUGCAAAAAAUUUAUUCUCAAAUGUUUUUCAAAUGUAUUACAAAUGUGGUUUGAAAAUAUAUACAAUUAAAAGGGGCUUGACCUUGGAGCAGAAAGAGAUUUGUGAUCGAACAACAUUUUACUUAAGUUAAGUUUUAGGUUUGAGAAAGAUUGAAGAAAAGCUUUCGACAUCAAACUGAACACGAUCUCAAAUGUUUCUCAAAUGUAUUUCAAAUGUGACUUCAAACUAUAUAUUUAAAAGGGCUUUACUUUGGAGCAGAAAGAGAUUUGAGAUCGAACAAAAUUUUACUUCUUUAAUCAAACUUAAAUUUAGUUUUAGGUUUGAGAAAGAUUGGAGAAAAGCUUUCGACAUCAAACAGAACACGAACUCAAAUGUUUUUCAAAUGUAUUUCAAAUGUGACUUGAAGCUGUAUACAACUUAAAGGGUCUUCACUUAGGAUCGGAAAGAGAUUUGAGAUCGAACAACAUAUAACUUUUUUAAUCAAACUUAAAUUUAGUUUUAGGUUUGAGAAAGAUUGGAGAAAAGCUUUCGACAUCAAACAGAAGACGAUCUCAAAUAUUUCUCAAAUAUAUUUCAAAUGUGACUAGAACUAAAGAUUUAAAAGGGCUUCACCUUCGAUCAGAAAAAGAUUUGAGAUCGAACAACAUAUAACUUUUUUAAUCAAACUUAAGUUUAGUUUUAGGUUUUAAAAAGAUUGGAGAAAAGCUUUCGACAUCAAACAGAACACGAACUCAAAUGUUUUUCAAAUGUAUUUCAAAUGUGCCUUGAAGUUGUAUACAACUUAAAGGGUCUGCACUUAGGAUCGGAAAGAGAUUUGAGAUCGAACAACAUUUAACUUUUUUAAUCAAACUUAAAUUUAGUUUAAGGUUUGAGAAAGAAUGGAGAAAAACUUUCGUCAUCAAACAGAAUACAAUCUCAAAUGUUUCUCAAAUGUAUUUCAAAUGUGACUUGAAACUAUAUAUUUAAAAGGGCUUCACCUUGGAUCAGAAAGAGAUUUGAGAUCGAACAAAAUUUUACUUCUUUAAUCAAACUUAAAUUAAGUUUAAGGUUUGAGAACGAUUGGAGAAAAGCUUCCGACAUCAAACAUAACGCGAAUAGUUCUUAUCAUAAUCAUUUCAAAUUAAAUCUGUAAUAAGUUUAAUAACAAAUGUCAAAAUUUUAUAAAUUCUUCAAACUUUACCCUCUCUGUUCAUUGGGUUUCCCCAACGACUUGUAUUGCUUAUGUUUCUCUCACAAGUCUCCAUUAAAAUGAUUACUUUUUUUCAAAACGUCGUCAAUGUGCUGUUCAUUGGCCAGGUUAUAAUAACCAACUGUUUUAUGGCUUUUAACGUGAAAGUGACAAAUGCCAAUAGAUAUUGAAACAAGGAAAGAAAAAAAAUCUCAAUAACAUUUUUAAAACGACACUUAAACAUUGAACAACAACAACAGCAAUAAAUGCAACCCAAAAUACAACAUCAUGAAGUGAUGAUCAUCAUCGUUAUCAUGUGUUUGCUGCUGCAACUUCAACAAACAAGUGUGUUGUUGUCAUCUUAAUAUAAAGUGUAGUUGUUGUUGUUUUUAUGGUUGUCAACUUUAAUGAACGUACAGUGGUUUGGGGGAAAACUAUGAUUGAUUUCCGUUUAAGAGUAAACUUCAGGCAGAAUUUGCUAAGGAAUAUUGAUCAGUGAAAGAAAUUAAUUAAAAUACUUCCCCUUCCAUUGAUAUUUGUUUAGUCUGAACAAAAAGUUUAUAGAUCGUUUUUCAUAAUAAAGGAUUUGAGGAAAAUUGGCUGUAGAAAAGAAAUUUUCGUAAAUGAAUUUUUCUGAAAUAUUUCUAAAAAGGAG